AUGCCUUCAGAAUUUGUGGGCCAUUUUACACGGCCUCUCACCGUGAAUGCGUCACGGCCAAGCUCGCCACUCAGAGACCGCACAUCUCUACAAGCUACUGAUGCCCAUGACGGUCGAAAGACAGAUCUUCAUGCGCUGCUCGUGAAACUCAGCCGGGACGGGUCCACUAGGCACGAUGUGCGCGACAGCAUCGAGGUUCUUCGGAAGAUAUCUACAGGUGUCUUUCAAUCGCAAGACGUAAACGGAGUGGACUCGGAGGAGGCAGCCCUAGAAGCAGCCGUUGUUGGAAAGCUGACUGUGGCUCUCUAUGCCGAUGCGCUCGACGUGUAUCUCCGACAGGCUACGCAGGUGGAGGCGGAGUCAGAGUGGUGGUCAGAUGUCGAAAACUCUAGGAUUUCACUGGGACUAUAUCUUGUGCAAACUCUACCAUCUCGCCUUAUACGCGUAUUCAAGACUAUCGUUGAAACUCUGCGGCAACGUCAGCUCCCUGUCACUUUUUCUUCACUAUCCCCAUCGUCGAUUCGUGCCCUCUUUCUGUCUCCGUCCCAUUUCACCCUCAAACCAGGACUCCUAACAACUGCAUUCUUUCCUCACCUUCGACACCAACCAUCACUUUCGCUCGCGGUCCUCUUUCCUGCUUCAACUUCGCAGUCAUUGUCGCGUGAGGACUUGAGCAAGUCUUUCAUCCUAAAGCCGGUGACGAGAGCAUAUAGACGGUUUACGCAUUCAGUGACUCUGUUUGCUCGAUUUUUGGACCUUCCAUUGGAGUUGACGAGACAAGAAUGUCGACACCAUCGUAAAAUGCUAGAGAAGUUGCGUGACGAGCGUGCAGAAGUGCUCGGCCAGUUGGCUCAGCUCCGCACGCCACUGGUAGGCCUGACUUCAUCCUCAUGGAAUCUUUCGAAGAAGGAAUACACGUCAUUCUUGGACACCCUCAAUCGUAACGUGUCGACGGCGGAAAAGGCGAACUCGAACUCUCCGCCAAGUUCACCUCUAACUCUUCUUGCCAUCAUCUCCGAAACCCUCCCGACUCUCGACGCUACACAUACCCAGCUCCUCAAAACUCAACACCUCCUGCGACCGUCGACACUCACGCGGAUCUGGCCUUCUCUCCUUGUCCUGCCGCCGUUAUCUCUCUACGUGUACAACACCCAGACCUCGUGGGUACCAGCCAUCAUAGAGAUGGUGAAGGAUGGAAAGGAGACGGUGCACGGCUUCGUUCAAGGCUGGCUCGUCGACCCCCUUCUCGACGUCAUCCAGACUGUCCGAGCGGGUGGACGUCGCGAGAUGCUCGUACACGAAGAGGGUGUCCUCGCAGAUCUCGAGAGUUUGGAACGGAUGACGGUCUCGCUUGCCCGUGACACUCUCAAUUACUCUGCCGAUCAGCUCGAGGCGCUCGCGGAGAAGGUCCGCAUGGGCGACCUGACACCCGUCAUGCAGGUAUACGAGGAGGAUAUCCGCACGCCCUUGCGCUCCGCGUUGACGGGCACACUGCUUCGAAAUGCCUUUAUCCAAGUCCAGAAAGCCAAAGUGGAUAUCGAUCAAGCCCUGUCAGGCAUCGACCGGCUCCUGAAGUCCCAAGAGCUGACGUUCGCCUUUGUCGGAGUUGCACCUGCCCUCGCAAUCGUAUGGACGCUUCUUGACCUCGUGGGCCGUGUUUGGAGCGGUGGUAGAGGACGGGGAAAGUAUGGCGGAAGGAGACGACGAAGAGGCGUUUGGGAGGGCAUGAGGCGAAUAGAGCGACUUCUGAUCCAACAGCCCUCCGGACCGUCACCAUCUGCUUCCGACCAGGACGGUGCCCCGCUCUCCGCACUCUCGACGGGCCUUCUCUUCCUCUCCCUAACUAGAUUGCGUUCGUACGCUUUACGGUACCUUCCCCCGAAUGUCCGGGCGCCGUUCUUGGAAGACCUGAGCGACUUGGAGGAUACGAGUCUGGGAAGGGACGCGAAGCUUCGUGUUGUGGAUCGGAUGUGGAGAUGUUGGGGUACUGGCGGGGAGGGUGUUUUCCGCUUCUAG